AUGGAGCAUCCAGGAAAUAUUGCUGUUGAUGAUGUCAAUGGGGGAAGAUUGAUCUUUUAUGAUUUUGGCAUGAUGGGAAGUAUCAGUCCAAACAUUCGAGAAGGGUUGCUGGAAGCAUUCUAUGGAAUUUAUGAAAAGGAUCCGGAUAAGGUCCUUGAGGCAAUGAUCCAAAUGGGUGUCCUUGUGCCUACUGGAGACAUGACAGCUGUCAGACGAACUGCACAAUUCUUCCUCAAGAGAAAAGCCAGACAAUUGGCUGAUACUUUGAUAGGGGAAGACUUGUUAUCCAUUGCAGCAGAUCAACCUUUCCGUUUUCCUGCCACCUUCACAUUUGUUGUGAGAGCAUUUUCAGUAUUGGAUGGCAUUGGGAAAGGCCUUGACCCUCGGUUUGAUAUUACAGAAAUUGCCAAACCCUAUGCACUUGAGCUGCUAAAGUUUCGUGAAGCUGGAGUUGAAGUUCUCUUGAAGGACUUCAGAAAGAGGUGGGACAGGCAGUCUCGUGCAUUCUACAACUUAUUUAGACAGGCUGAUAGAGUUCAAAAGCUUGCUGACACUAUCCAACGAUUGGAGCAAGGUGAUUUGAAGCUUCGAGUUCGAACUCUGGAGGCUGAGAGGGCAUUCCAGCGUGUUGCGGCUGUUCAGAAGACAGUAGGGAGUGCUGUAGCUGCUGGAAGUUUAGUAAACCUUGCAACAAUUUUAUAUCUCAAUUCCAUUCGAGUACCAGCCAUUGUGGCAUCCAUCUUUUGUGCAUUCUUCAGUUUCCAAAUUCUCUUUGGCAUUAUAAAGGUGAAAAAGUUAGAUCAACAGGAAAGGGAUGGUCAAGUGACUUGUAAGGGAUUAUCUGCAGUGAGCAAUUUGUUUUCUUACAUGAUGUUACCUCAAACGUUCAGAGCUGCAAGAGAGUUGAGUGGAGGGCAGGAAGAUUUAGCCGUAGAUCCCAUGAAUACUGACAUGAUUUUGAAGAAACCAGAUGCUUUGCCAUUUAGAAGCACAAUCAUCUUUGUUGAUCCAACCGCAACAGGAGCAAUGCGAAUCUUCUGA